AUGCCCCACUGUUCUGUCCUUCCAAGCACUUCACAGCACUCCACCACCCGCUCGCCGUUUCGACAGCCUGGUUACAUCCGCCAACGCGACGAAGAGACAGCACAUCUUCUAAUCCCCACGACUGCCACCACCACCACUGCUGUCUUCUUCUCGUAUGCCUGGGCUUUCAGUCGAGCCUCGCCACCUAUGUGCACUGCCGCCUCCUCCUACCUACAAGCAAUCAAACACCCCGUCUCUCUCUCUCCUGGCACUCACACUGUGCUCUCCCCUCCAUCAUCAUCAUCAUCAUCAUCAUCAUCAUNAAUCAAACACCCCGCGGGUAGAUUUGUUAUUGUUGCUGGUGAGAGUUUAAUGUCACAGUUGUUGAGUGGUUAUAUCGUUGGGGUAUACCUCCGUUGGAGUCUCUCUCAUGGGUUCGUGUCCUGCUCGAGUAGUCAAUCGAGGGUGUAUGCAAAUGCUGCGAGGGGUGUAAAUCGAACCAAGGAUGCAGUUGCGAACCUGGCAAUUGUGCCUGCAGUCAAUGUCCUUGUGAAUCCUGCAAGAAGUGCUGUGCUUAGACAAAAUGUUGUGUAA